AUACCCAGUGUCCUGAGCGAAGCGACGCCAUGAGGACAGUGGUUCUGCUGUGCGCCGCCGCGGCGCUGCUGUCACUGCCGGCGCAAGUGAACUCUGGUAUCAUACGGCUGUGCACCCCGAACGAGGUCAGCUGGAAGGAGUGCAACACGUGUCAGUGUGACCAGUUUGGGUCGUUCCAGUCUUGCACACAGAGGCGGUGCCGGGAACUCCAUCGACUCCGCAGAGAUACGCUGUGUCCACCGGGGCAGACUUUCCAGACCGGCUGUGACAUUUGCCACUGUGCGGACGAUGGGAACACCAUCUGGUGUACCAACGAUGGCUGUUCUGGGAAAGACUACAUGCAGAACGUGGACCAGGUGCAACACCAGUACCAACAAGUCGGCAGCAUGGAACCAGGGCACAAACUCGCGGGUGAUAAGUUCUCUGAAAUAGGAGAUCUUUUGCGGCCGUACCAACACCACCAACGUUCAAAUGCGUACAGCUUGCCAGCAUGGUAUAGAGAUGUCCUGAAAGACAGGCAAGAGAUGUGGCAGCAGAUGCAGCAUAACCAGAUGCCCGAGUUUGACCAGUCUGGGCAGCUGUACCAGCAGGACUACGAUUACGACCUGGACGACAGCCAGCAGCAGCAGCAGCAGCACCACGACCCCAGUUCAGACUUCGAUCAGGCGGUACAGCAGAUUCAUCGAUACGGAGAUCCUCAGUCUGGUAAACUAGUAAACGACCAACAAGAAUCUGAAGAAGGUCUUCAGGUGUAUCAGCAAAGUGAGACAUCAGAUGCAGAUCAAAUUGCACAGCAAUCACUGCAAAAUCAAUAUUCUGAACAGGUUAAUUGGCAUCCACAGCAAGACCAGAUUUCAGAUACAGGAGACGUCUUGCAACAACAUCAACAGAUCGAUACACCAGGCAAAGACCAAGACCUUCAACAGACACAGCAAGAAUUAGAUUCUGAUAACGAACUAAUAAGUCAACAUUCACAGCAGGAUCAAUCUUCCGCUUCUGGAGACAAUCUGCAACAGUAUCAAGAGACCGAUGCAUCAAACGGAGACCUACAACAGACGCAGCAAGAACAAAAUUCUGAUAAUGAACAAAUCAGUCAGCAUUCACAGCAGGAUCAAUCUUCCGAUUCUGCAGACGAUUUGCAACAGUAUCAACAGACCGAUACAUCAAAUGGAGACCUACAGCAGACGCAGCAAGAACAAAAUUCUGAUAAUGAACAACUCAGUCAGCAUACACAGCAAGAUCAAUCUUCCGAUUCUGGAGACGAUUUGCAACAGUAUCAACAGACCGAUACAUCAAAUGGAGACCUACAGCAGACGCAGCAAGAACAAAAUUCUGAUAAUGAACAAAUCAGUCAGGAUUCACAGCAGGAUCAAUCUUCCGAUUCUGGAGACAAUCUGCAACAGUAUCAACAGACCGAUGCAUCAAACGGAGACCUACAACAGAUACAGCAAGAAUUAGAUUCUGAUUCUGAACUCAGUCAGCAUACACAGCAAGAUCAAUCUUCCGAUUCUGGAGACGAUUUGCAACAGUAUCAACAGACCGAUACAUCAAAUGGAGACCUACAGCAGACGCAGCAAGAACAAAAUUCUGAUAAUGAACAAAUCAGUCAGCAUACACAGCAGGAUCAAUCUUCCGAUUCUGGAGACAAUCUGCAACAGUAUCAAGAGACCGAUGCAUCAAAUGAUGGCCUACAACAGGUACAGCAAGAAUUGACUUCUGAUACUGAACAACUCAAUCAGCAUACACAGCAGGAUCAGUCUUCCGAUACUGGAGACAAUCUGCAACAAUAUCAACAGACCGAUACAUCAGCAGGAGACCAAGUCCUACAACAGACACAGCAGGAAUUAGAUUCUGAUUCGCAACUAAGCCAGCAUAUACAACAAGAUCAGUUUUCAGACUCUGGGGAAAAUCUACAGCAAUAUCAACAAAGUGGUACACUCAACGAAGAACAAGAUUUACAACAAACACAGAAAGAAUCUGAUUCUGAUUUUGAACUUAGCCAGCAUACGCAACAAGAGCAGUCUUCAGAUUCCGGAGAAAAUCUGCAACAAUAUCAACAGGGCGAAGAUCAAAUUCUGCAACAGACCCAGCAAGAAUUAGAUUCUGAUUCUGAACUUAGCCAGAACACACAGCAAGAACAGUCUUUAGAUUCUGGAGAUGAUCUGCAACAAUAUCAACUCGGCGAAACCCAAAACAACGAUCAAAUUCAACAGCAGAACCAACAACAUGUUGACUCAGAUUUUGAACACCUCAGCUUGUAUCCCCAGAAACAAGAUCAGUCUUAUUCUAGCGAUGACCAGCAGCAGUACCAGCAGAGCAGUAUCUUCGACUCAGACGAGUUAGAACAGCAAGCACACCAAGACGAUACUGAAGGCAAUAGUCAUGAUCGGUAUCAGCAGUAUCAAGAACCUGGAUCAGAACAGAUUGUACAGCAAUAUGAGAAGGAACAGUUUCCCAUCAGUAAUCAGGACUUACAGCAAUAUCAGCAAAGCCACUUUGGGAACGACGCGGACGUUUACCAGCAGUCCCAUGAGCCAGACGAAUUCCUUGAAGGCUAUCAGUACGAUCAGAAUAAUCGCUUGCAUAAAAUAGACCAACAGCAGCAUGAGGCUAUAUUCUAAUAGCACGCAUCAAUAACGUGAGAGACUUCUGUCUGUAUCAUCCGUCGGCUGCAGACAAUAAACGGAAUCAGUUUACUGAGAUCCGUGGAAAUGUCCUAAAAAGGGUUUUCGUUCUAUCACAAGACCAUGUGAAACUUCGUUUACGUAAUAGGUGUCUCAACAUAGUGUCCCCGUUACACAACUUGCGUAUGAAUGCCCAAAUAGUGUUUUCUGAUGUUAUGAACAUUACAUUCGAAAAAUCGAAAAUUGUGUAUUUUUUUUAAAAUAAAUGUGAUAAAUGGGAAAAAAGUUUGAUGGACCGAUA